GCACAGUUAUAAUAAAGAAAUAAUUCAGCCUUCUGAAUUGAGUCAGACAUGGUCAUUUCUUCCCAUUGGGUUCGCCUGCAUUUACAAUAAUAUUCUGGCUGCAGGAUGAGGUGAUUUGCUAUCAGACACUGCUCAUCCCAGCCUCUCUGUCUGUCCCCCCCAGGACAUUUAGCUAAUGCCACCACAGAUCUGAUGAAGUUGGACCAUGAAGAGGAGCCACAGUUAUCUGAGCCUUACCUCUCCAAGCAGAAGAAGCUCAUGGCCAAGAUCCUGGAGCACGAUAAUGUGAACUACUUGAAGAAGAUCCUUGGAGAACUUGGGAUGGUGCUUGACCAGAUUGAGGCUGAGCUGGAGAAGAGGAAAUUGGAGUACCAAGGGCAGAAGUGUGAACUUUGGCUCUGCGGAUGCGUCUUUACUUUGGCUGAUGUCUUGUUAGGAGCCACCCUGCACCGCCUCAAGUUUCUGGGACUCUCUAAGAAAUACUGGGAAGAUGGCAGCAGACCUAACCUACAGUCCUUCUUUGACAGGAUACAGAAACGCUUCGCCUUCAGGAAAGUUUUGGGAGACAUCCACACCACGCUCCUCUCUGCAGUGGUACCCAAUGCCUUCAGGCUGGUCAAGCGGAAACCUCCCUCCUUCCUUGGAGCCUCCUUCCUGAUGGGAUCUCUGGGGGGAAUGGGAUACUUUGCUUAUUGGUACUUAAAGAAAAAAUACAUUUAGUGCUGACUGCUUGGUGUUUAGUUUGGUGUCUCUGUGCUGUGUGAAAUUAUGAUGAAGCCUCAGUAACUGUAAUGAAAUUUGAAGCAAGGUAAUGAAUAAUUAUAUUGUUUAAUGUAACAUUCCAUAGUCUAGAAGUAGAAACCUAUACUGCAAGGAAAUAAGACAACAACAACAACAAAAAAGCGUCAACUUGUAAAUGCCUUUUUUAGGUUUAGGUAUUCAACUCCAGUGAGAGGCUCAAGGGUUCACGGGCUCAGCCGUGCCCACCGGGAAGUGGCACUGCCUCCAGCACCAGCCAGCUCCAGUGGGAGAGAGAAUCCCAGGAGGCUUCCCAACACCCAAGUUGACUACUGGGACUUGGAUACUUGGUCCUGUACGUUUGUGUUUCCAAAUUGUUCACUGGCCACAUUUCACACAUGCAGGUAGUGGGGACUUUCUUCUUCUAGAAGGCGUUGUGUUGUCGUGCUCAGAGGCUUUCCUGGGAGCAGGGUGCAGUAGCUGGUCACAGUCAAGGUGGAUUUCUGUUCUUCAAGUAUCCAUUUUAAAAAUUAUUUUCAUUAAAAGGAAUAUUUUUUAUUGAGCUGCUCUUAGAUUGUAUCCACUUUCUACGUCUGGUUUUGGUGAGCUUUUUUGUAAAGAAUGUAAUGUCUGUCUUUAACUGCCGCACUUUUUUCUUGAGAUAAAUCAUUUUGACUUUGAUCCUGAAUUCUGGCACAUGAAGGAGAUUAUUGUUUUAAGCCUUUUGGCUCUGUCUCUUGAGUUUUCUUUCACGGAUUUGCAAAGCAUCUUUCACCAACUGAGCAUAUUUGGACUCUGAAAAAAUACAACCAUUUUCAGAACUUUUCAGCACUUUCCUGAAGGCGCUUUGGCUUUCUUCCAUCGGGGGCUCUUUUCUGUCAUUUCCUCGCUGUGUGUUUUCUUAGGGACACUUUGCACAGAAUCACAUUGAUGACUUUCUUGUGCCUUUUGCAUGCUGGAAAGAAUAACAGGCCUCACUGCUACUCAUGCUUUGGAAACUGAGAUCUUCAAUAAACCAUAUGGGAGGAGUAA